GUAUUCACCAAGCAGCUGAAGCGAUUGGAUCGUUGCCCAGUUUCCAGUGUUACUACAUUACACAGUUUUAAUUAAUCGUUACGGUAGGACGUUCGCUCGAUUGCUUUGUUCGUCUUUGAAAAGGUUAAAGUCGUACAUUUUUUAAAAAUAGAAAAUUUUAUGUGCGGAUUGGUUUGUUCUUAUAAUUUCUGAACCAAGGGUAUGGAAGUGGUUACGAACAAUGAAGUGUGUAUGCAAUGGAUACAAGAUAAUUUCGAAGAAGUUCCCAAUGGGUCUAAUAUGAAUAGUGGAAGUGAAAGUCCGUCUUAUAAUGCUGCGAGAUUUCCAUCGGAUGGUCCGGAUUUUUCCAACGAAAUUUCAGCUCCUUACGAAGUUCCACAAUUUCCAAUCGAACAAAUUGAAAAGAAAUUGGCCAUACAACGGCAAAUAACGACAAAAGUUUUAGAAGAUAAAAGGAGCCAUUAUGAACCAUCACUACAAGGUGUUCCAGACGACCAAGACCACUUGCUCGUGGAUGAACAUGAUUUUGUACCACACUUUCAAAGAGUUUCUAUUUCUGGAGAAGAUACCAGCGGGGUACCGUUAGAAGAUUUAGAAAGAGCAUCUCGUUUAUUAAUAACCGCCUUAAAAAUAAGACAUAGAUACAUGCAAAUGUCGCAUCAAUCGUUUUGUUCAACCACAUCAAGAUUUUUGUACCCAAAUAGCAGCGAACAUACUGAACAGAAACACGACGAUAAACAAACUAUAGAAGUCGCUGAGCUUUUGCAUGUAGCAGAGGUAAAAAACAACGCGACCCAAGUGAACGGAUCCUUGUUGAACGAGUACGCGAUGAAGCAGACGGCUAGCGAUCAAAUUAUCGACAGUAUAUUGCAAAACAAAGACCCCAAAGAACAUGGCAUUCAUCCACCCAGCAGAGGAAAUCCUUGGGAAGCACCGGAAGUUCCCGACGGAAAUUACGUAUUUAAAGCUCACCAAGGUGUUUAUCACGUUUAUAUCGAUGAAGAACAUGCUGCUAGGGAUGAAUAUUGCGAAUAUCCUUAUCCAAAUUUGGAAGAAUUUGUUACUGAUAUGAAUACUAUGUGUAAUAUGAUAGCUGAUGGACCUUUGAAAUCAUUUUGUUAUCGUCGAUUAAGUUAUUUAUCCUCGAAAUUUCAACUUCACGUCUUACUAAAUGAACUUCGGGAAUUAGCCUCUCAAAAAGCAGUUCCUCAUCGAGAUUUUUACAACAUCCGCAAAGUAGAUACUCACAUCCACGCGGCUUCCUGCAUGAAUCAAAAACACCUAUUACGGUUUAUCAAGAAAACGUUAAAAAAUCACGCCGAUGAAGUUGUAACUGUAAACGAUGGAAAAAAGAUGACUUUGAAAGAAGUUUUUCAGCGCCACAUGUGCAGUUUCUAUUCAACUUUACCGCACAUUUAUAUUGAGUCAAUGAAUUUAACAACAUACGAUUUAACUGUCGAUAUGUUGGACGUUCACGCCGAUCGAAACACUUUCCAUCGUUUUGAUAAAUUUAAUGCGAAAUAUAAUCCAAUUGGUGAAAGCAGACUUCGCGAGGUUUUCCUAAAAACUGAUAAUUAUCUAAACGGGAAAUAUUUCGCUAGAAUUAUAAAAGAAGUUUCUAGCGAUUUGGAAGAAUCGAAAUAUCAAAAUGCUGAAUUAAGGUUGAGCAUUUAUGGAAAAAGUCGUGAAGAGUGGGAUAAAUUGGCUAAAUGGGCUAUUGAAAGCGAUGUUUAUUCAGAUAAUGUUCGUUGGUUAAUACAAAUUCCAAGACUUUAUGAUAUUUUUAAAUUAAAUAAAUUGAUGCAAAACUUCCAAGAGAUAAUCGAUAACAUUUUUGUUCCACUUUUGGAAGUAACCGCAAGACCGUCUUCGCAUCCAGAACUUCACAAAUUUCUUCAGUAUAUUAUUGGUUUUGAUUCGGUUGAUGACGAAAGUAAACCGGAAAAUCCUCUUUUUGAUCGUGAUGUUUUAACUCCUGAUCAAUGGACGGAUGUUGAAAACCCACCUUAUGCUUAUUACCAAUAUUAUGUGUACGCAAAUGUAGCGGUUGUAAAUCAUUUCCGAGCGGCAAGAGGGUUAAACACUUUUGUUGUAAGACCACAUUGUGGCGAAGCCGGUCCUGUACAGCAUUUAGUUUGUGGUUAUAUGCUUUCUGAAAAUAUUUCUCACGGACUUUUAUUAAGAAAAGUACCUGUUUUACAAUAUCUUUAUUAUUUAGCUCAAAUUGGAAUUGCAAUGAGUCCACUUUCUAAUAACAGUUUAUUUUUAAAUUAUCAUCGAAACCCACUUCCGGAAUAUUUAGCUAGAGGAUUGGCUAUUUCUUUAUCAACUGAUGAUCCGUUACAAUUUCAUUUUACAAAAGAACCGUUGAUGGAAGAAUACAGUAUCGCCGCUCAGGUUUGGAAAUUAUCCAGUUGUGAUAUGUGUGAAUUGGCUCGAAACUCAGUUUUGAUGUCUGGAUUUCCGCACAAAAUGAAGCAAUACUGGUUAGGACCUAAUUACACAAAAGAAGGUGUUGCAGGGAAUGAUAUUUCUCGCACGAAUGUACCGGAUAUUCGCGUCGCUUUCAGAUAUGAAACUUUAUUAGAUGAACUCUCAAAUAUUUUUAAAUCGUAUCAUAAAAUCGGUUGAUUACCUUCCGUAUUAAAAAGAUUUAAAUAAAAUGAUACCUCUGACAAUAUAGUUUCCUUUUUUAUAUAAUAUGUUAAUUAAUACCUUGUAACAUUGCUACUUAUAAAGUUUUUAUAUUAGAAUUUUCAUUUAUCUUUCAUUUCUUAGUCAUAUUAGUAACUACACUUGAAUUUUCUUAUAUUUAAAAAGUUAUUUGUUUCAUUAUUAAUUAUAGUUUAGUCAAAUUUUAUAAAAGUAUAAUAAAAUGUGAUUAUUAUAGAAUUCUUAGUGAUUUAGUUGUGAUUUAUUUAUUAACUUUUUUUCAAUUUCUUACGUUUAUCAAUGUUAAAAACAUGUUCAAUAAAACCUGUUAACCUGUUGUCAACCACUAAUGAGAGAAUUUUGAAAUACGAAAUGACCAAUUUUAGAAUCGCUGUACGUUUUAUUCUUGUAGCUAGUAAAUAAACAAAGGUAAUUUCAAAAAUCAA